AUGCGCGUCCUUGUGCAUCUAGCAGACCAAACAGUUCAGGUACUCUCUGCUUCUCACGGAACAGAUCACAAGAGACAUAUUGUCAAGAGGCGUGUCGGGGCAGGGCUGGGUACGGGAGAUCGGCUGGACUUCGGAUACCGGGCAUACUCAUACCCUGGCAUGAGUCCAGGAUUUGCAGAAAGUGACUUGAACAAUUAUGAUCCGGUAGCGACUGAGAUUGCGUGGACCCGGACGUUGUCCGUUCUGCAAAGCGGGUUUCAGAAGCACCUAGAUUUGGAAAAGACUUGGGAAGGUAUUGAACAGGUCACAUAUAUUCCGACAUUGAAAGGUGCUAGUGGCAUACAGGCUCUUCAUCAAUUUUACAAAACAUCUUUUCUACAGGGUAGACCCCCCUCUAUGCGUCUCCGUUUACUGUCACGGACAAUCGGUGCGGAUAGAGUAGUGGACGAGUUAUAUGUGGCGUUCAAACAUACUCAGGAAAUGCCGUGGAUCCUUCCUGGCCUGCAGCCAACCGACAGACAGGUGGAGAUAGUACUUGUCAGCAUUGUGACGCUCCGCGGUGGAAAGCUAUAUUCAGAACACAUAUACUGGGAUCAAGCAAGUGUCCUUGUUCAAGUUGGUCUGAUUGACCGUAACUUAGUUCCUGAGCAGGCCAAAGGUAUCACUGCUCUUCCUAUUAUCGGAAGAGAGGCCGCGAAGAAGAUUCUCCUACACGAUCAGGAAGAAAGCACCGAGCCUGAAACUGCCUCCAUGGUUGCACAGGUGGAUGGACUGGAUAUACACUAG